GGAUUACAGAGCUAUGAGUACAAGCAGUGCAUCUGCGAGACCGUCGCUGUCGCAGAUCCAGAUCCCGUCAGCUCUGGCGUCGACGAGUAUAGUGUCGGCCAGACCUGCCGACGGACACAAACUAAAAGUGAAGUGCGCUUCUCGACAAUCCCUCAUCGACACAGUGACCGGCAAAUUCCAACCCCCGUCCGGAGGGGUCAGUAGUUUGGCCGGAGUCGGAGCUUAUAUGGGGAAUGGGAGGGGAAGUGAUGCCAAAACUAAACCCCGCGGAUCAAUGGCUGGACUGAUAAACAGAAGUCAUUUGAGUUCAGAUCUGGAGAUCCCGAAGAAGACACGAGAGUUGAGGCGAAAGGAGAUAAAGAAGGAGUUCGAGAGGUGGGAGACGUCGACGGCGGCGAGUGAUAGGGGCGGCUGCAACUGGUCGUUCGUGUUUGACCCGUCGGGCCGGUUGUGUUACUACUGGUCAAUGGUUGUGAGUGUGGCAUUUCUCUACAAUUUCUGGACCAUAAUAUACCGGUGCGCUUUCCAAGAAAUCAGUGAAGAGACUGUGGGCACAUGGUUUACAUUAGACUACUUAUCGGAUUUUAUUUAUAUACUCGACAUUGCGGUUCACUUCCGCACCGGUUAUCUCGAAGAGGGUGUCCUCCAGACCGAUGGCAUUAAGCUUCGGCAGCAUUACAUGAAUUGCACGAUGUUUUACAUCGACUGUCUGUGUCUUCUACCCCUAGACUUCCUCUACUUAUCCAUUGGAUUCAAAUCAAUGUUACGGUGUUUUCGUUUAGUGAAAAUUUAUAGGUUUUGGGCUUUUCUCGACCGCACAGAAAGACACACAAACUAUCCAAACGUUUUCAGAACUGUUUCAUUAGUUCAUUAUAUAUUAGUUAUAUUUCAUUGGAACGCCUGUAUGUGUCAGAUCAUACAUCUUAACAACGGCUUUGGGUCUAAGGACUGGUUCAUUGGGUCCAAAACAGACAACUAUUGUCCUGGCGUUCAAUGCGAUUAUUUACAUGCAAUGUAUUGGUCUGUACUCGCGCUCACAACUAUAGGUGAUCUGCCGACGCCUCGCACUAAAAGCGAAUAUUCAUUUCUAGUGAUGGAAAUUGUUUUCGGACUUUUCCUAUUUGCCACUGUGUUGGGAUAUGUGGCCAAUAUUGUCACUAAUGUCUCGGCCGCUCGUAAAGAAUUUCAAGCCAAAUUGGAUGCCGUCAAGACAUAUAUGCGGAUGCGUCGGGUGCCCGAACACAUCCAAACCAAAGUCAUUCGUUGGUUCGACUACUUAUGGAUGACUCAAAAGUCAUCUGAUGAGGAAAGAUCUGUCGGUUGUCUCCCAGACAAACUGAAGGCUGAGAUCGCAAUUCACGUACAUUUGGAUACAUUGAAGAGAGUGGAGAUCUUCCAGAAUACUGAGGCCGGCUUUCUAUGCGAACUCGUUCUCAGGUUAAGACCCGUUCUGUUCAGUCCCGGAGAUUAUAUCUGCAGAAAAGGAGAAGUGGGGAAAGAGAUGUAUAUUGUGAACAGAGGGAGAUUACAAGUGGUUACGGAUAAUGGAAAGACAGUCUUAGCAACACUUCGAGCGGGCAGUUAUUUUGGGGAAAUAAGUAUUCUUAAUAUGGGAACGGCUGGCAAUCGUCGCACAGCUUCUGUUAGAAGUGUUGGUUACAGUGAUUUGUUUUGCCUCAAUAAACAGGACAUGUGGGAUGUGCUGAAGGACUACCCGGCAGCCAGAGUUAGGUUAGAAGCCAUUGCUGUGAAACGGUUAGAAAAGUAUCGCAAAGAACCACUUAAGAAGAUUGCAAUGGGCAGGAGUCGGUCGACCCCGGGUUUGGUUGAAUCAAAGGGUAAAGUGCCUGUCAGUGAAAUGCAAAUCACUCGCAAAGACCAGACAUCGGCCUCAACUGCCACUCUUCUGACGGAUGAUGAGCUCCAGAGAGAAGAUAAUAAUUAUAAGAGCAAAGACGAGGCCGACAAUGAGAGCACUGUCAGCGAUGCCAGUAAUCCCAGUAAUCCCAGUAAUAAACCAAUUAUGCACUCAUCUCUUAAGACUAAUAAUAACCUCGGAAUCAAUGGUUGCCAAUCAGGCGGUGGAUUAAUGGGCUCUUCUCCCAUCCCUCCCACAUCUCAGUCACAACUGCUAUAUUCGCCUCAAAUAUUGACUCCAAACCUGCAACUAAUCAGUUAUGACCGCAACUCCCCGCAGCCAACCCUAUUCGCGGGCGCCAUCCCUUACUUCCCUCACUCACCCGUCACCGGCUCAACCAUGUCGGCGACCUAUGGUCUGAGUCCUGCCGUCUCUUCCACACAUCUGGCAAUACCACACGCCAUGGCUUUGCACACUCCCUCUCCCACAAUGAGCACUGACAGCCACAUCGUACAGGUGUCACAACCAGGUCAGGAACCACCACAGGAUGCCGUACUUCUGGCAGAGAUUAAGCGUUUGAGGGAAAGGCUCAUGAGUUUGGAGACAGAGAACGCGACGAUGACUAUAAAACUGAGUCAACAACAGUGGGAAGUGGAGAAUAGAUUGGCUGAAAUAGAGCUUCAAAUAUGUUCGGCUAAUGCAAGUGGGAGUACAUGUGGUGUAGCGCCGGGAUCUCUAAGCAGUCGUUCGAGUACUAGUGGUGAUGAAAAUGAGAGGAAUAAAGAAUCUAGAAAAGCCAACAAAAGCUGA